AUGGAGUCCGAGUUUGGUUCUCGACUUGAAUUCGAGUUGGAAGAUCCGCUCGUUUCCGCUCCUGCCAAGAAAAGUAAGAAGGUCAUUGGCUUGGAUGAUCUGUUGAGCGACUUCUAUAAAGAGAAAGGGAAACGUGUUGAGGGAGCGGCGAAACGGAAAAGGGUGCUAAAGCAUGACUCCUACGAGGAAGAUGACGCCAGAGAAGCAACUUUGUCCCAUACCCUUGAUCAGUAUCAAAAACAGAUGAAGGAAAUGGGUGGUGAAGAUGAAUUAUCCCAGUGGGGACUGCAAGUUUUUGGAGUUCAGAAAAGUCCACCAGCUGUAGUUUUACCUGAGCUUGGUAGCUGUGCUACUUUCCAGUCUCUUGGUCAUAGCAAACAUAAUUCAUUGGUGGAAGUCAGUAAACCAGAAGAAUCCGACUUUUUGGAAGGACUCCUGGUCAAUGGUUGGUUAUCCAAGCUCAUAACAUUAAGUGGUCAUCUUGAAAUGGCUCUUGCAAAAUGGACUUUCCAUUUAUUGAUGUUUGCAUCAAAAGAGAGAUUGAGAACUCUGGCGUGCGAUCUUUGGUGCGAUGCACUCUCAGGCAAAAAUGAGGGAACUUCUGCACCCAUCAAAAUAGACUGGCUCCCUACAUAUUCUGAACUGGAAAGAGCCCUUAGCAUAUAUGGAUUCAUGUUGUUCUUAUCUGACGCACGAUCUGUUGAUAUGGAUUCCAAGCAUGCUGGCCCAUCUUUGAAUAUUCGAGCUUGGAUCAAAUUUGUGGCUGCUUCUUGUCAAGUAAGGAGUAAAUGGCCUAUGUUUUCAACUUCAGAAGCCGAAGAAUUAACUAAAGUGUUGAUUUGUCUGUUUCUAGACCGCCGACUUGAAGGCCUUUCAAUGCUUCUGUUAUCUAUGGACCUGAACUGCUUGCGUGCUGUUGAGUGCAUUUCUGGCAUUGAUGCUCGUAGCAAGUGCCUCAGAAGUGAAGUUGCCUAUCGGUUGCUUGCAAGUUUCCUCGAUCAUGAGGCAGGCCGCCUUUCUUCUUUAAUAUCUGCAGCCAACAUGCUUCGAUGAGUAAAUAGCGACACAGCUCUUUAAUUAGCCCUAUCUAUUUGUCAUUUUGAUUGUAAUGUGCUUUAGAAGAAGCUCAAAGACAACCUUAUUGCAUUUGCUUUUCAUUGUCAUGCCUGCAUAUAAAUGUUCAGCAUGAUGAAAAAUUGCAGAUUGGUUGCAGAUGCAU